UUCCAUGGCCUGGACCUUGAACUCCAGCUGAGAAAGAUUUGCAUUUAUAUAGUGACUUGCACGACUUCAGGACAUCCUGGACCGCUUGAUUAGCCAAUGAAAAGUGUCAUCACUGUUGUAAUAUUUGGAAACCUGGCAGCUGAUUUGCAUACAGCAAGAUUCCACAAACAGCAAUACAAUAUUAACCAGAUAACCUGUUUUUUUCUAAGUGGUAUCAGUUGAGGGUCCUGCUCCACAAGAUAGUGACCAUGGAACUUCUCACACCCAUGUGAGAGAGUCUGAUUUGUGGAUCCCUCAUUUACAAAAUCUGUGCCUCCCUUUGACAGUGUGCUAGGAUUGUCACUUUGAUUUUUCUCUGUUGUAUCCAAGAACGGGAGUGGGAUUUGAACCCAGAACCUUUCAUUCAUCUCCGCAGCCAGAGUAUUACCCACCAGGGCACAGGCCAAGAUCCAGGUGGGAUGUAGGCUUAGAAAGGAGAGCCCAUUCCGAACGCGGAGAAGUGCCCCUUCCAGACUAUGACCACAGUCUAUGCCAAUGGUGGCACCAUGGUGAACCAGCACUAUCCCCAGUGGAGUCGGGACAACAGCUCGGAGGACAGCACUCGGCCAGAGAUCUUUGAGGAGGGGGCUGGGCAGCCACGUAGACUGACCCCUCUGGAGAAACUGUCACAGGAGAUGGCACACGAUGAGCGGGCGGUCAAGGAGCUGACGCUGGGGAAGCGGAUCGGGUUCUACCGCGUGCGAGGCGAGAUAGGCAGUGGAAACUUCUCACAGGUCAAACUCGGCAUCCACUUGCUCACCAGAGAGAAAGUCGCCAUCAAGAUAUUGGACAAGGCAAAACUGGGACAGAAGACCCAGCAGCUGCUGUCUCGGGAGAUCUCCAGCAUGGAGCGCCUACACCACCCCAACAUCAUCAGGCUCUACGAAGUGAUCGAGACUUUGUCCAAACUUCACUUGGUCAUGGAGUAUGCUGGUGGGGGCGAACUGUUCACCAAAAUCAGCACCGAGGGCAGACUCUCCGAGGAGGACAGCAAGGUGGUCUUUGCACAGAUUGUCUCAGCUGUUAAACACAUGCAUGAGAACAAUACGAUUCACCGGGACCUGAAGGCGGAGAACGUUUUCUACGUGACCGACAGCUGCGUGAAGGUGGGCGACUUUGGCUUCAGCACCACGUGCCGCAGAGACCAGCUGCUCAGCACCUUCUGCGGCUCACCCCCCUACGCCGCACCUGAGCUUUUCCGUGAUGAGAAUUACGUGGGGAUCUUCGUGGACAUCUGGGCUUUGGGGGUGCUGCUGUACUUCAUGGUGGUGGGCACCAUGCCCUUCCGGGCAGACACUGUGGCCAAGCUGAAGAAGUGCAUCCUGGAGGGCAGCUACCAGUUGCCACAGCAUCUGACUGAGCCGUGCCAGAGGCUGAUCCGCGGUAUCCUGAGACCGGCACCUACUGAGCGGCACACCGUGGCUCAGAUCGCCCGCAGUGAGUGGAUGGGGGGCGUCCGGCUCCCGAAGGGCCACGAGCCCUUCCGGCUGGACCCCUCCCACCUGGCCGGCUCUGCCGAGGCUCUGAGGGGGGACCAGGCCGAGGUGAAGCGGGCGCUGACCCGCCUGGGGGUGACGGACACCCACAUCCUGGACAACAGCGGCAAGGACUCGCGCAGCCCCAUCACGGGCACUUACCGCAUCGUGCUGCACCGGGUGCAGAGGAGGAGAGCCCCUGACACCGUGCCGGCACUCUCCCGGCAACUGGCUGGAGCCAAGGAGCCGAGGAAAGAGCGCGGGGUGGCGCGGCAGACCUCCAAGCUGUGUUUGAUUUUGUAAGAUGAACCAGAGGGGCAGGUCUCACCAGCUUCCCAAGCAGGAAGAACGAUUUUCUAUUUUGUAACAAGCUGUAACUGUCGCUUGCCAAUAGAUUGGUGCCCAGUGGGCAUGUGUUUUUGUGUUAAAUAUACCAGAGGUGCCCAGAGGGAAACCGAUAGCUUGGACUGCAAGGUUGGAUUUGGAUCUAAGCACCUCAAUACCACGACAAACCACCAGCGAAAUUGCCCUCCUUGUUGUUUGACCAAAGCUUCUAUUUUUAAAAUUCUUAUCCUCGGAUUCAGAUUCCUCCAUGACCAUUCUGUGUUUCCACCCUCAGUCCGAUAACCCUUCAAAAUCUCAGGGUUCCCUUUGUGCCAGUUCCUUGUGUACCUUCUAAUCCUUCCUCCCCAGAGCUCAGGCAAUGGACAUCCACACACUCACUGAACGACCAAUAGCUUUGCAGGUAUUGUUUAGCCUCCUUGUCCUGGUCCUGUGAUCCUUGUGGGUGGAUGUGCUUAUCUGGCACUGAGCUCAACAAUUCCCCCCUCCAAACAUCUCUCUCUCUCCCUUUUGGCUCUCUCACUUCCCCUUUGAGCAUCUGCUUAAGAAAGAAUAGACCUCCCAUAGAGGGAGUGCAGCAAAGGUACACUGGACUAAUACUGCCAGUAUUGUCCCAUACUUCACCUGGGCCUGUAUUCAUUAGAGGGUGACAGGGGAUUUGAUUGAAACGUAUAAAAUUCUAACAGGGCAUGACAGACUAGAUGCAGGAAAGAUGUUUCCCCCGGAUGGGGAGUCUAGAUCCAGGGGAUAGAGUCCCAGGACACAGGGUAGACCACUGCAGACUAAAUGGAAACAUAUUUCAUCAUCUUAAAGUGAUCUUGUGGAAUUGUCUACCACAAAAGGCUGCGGAUGCCAAAUCACUAGAUAUAUUCAAGAAAGAGACAGAUAUACUUUUAGAUUUUGAGGCACCAAAGGGCAUUGGAAGAAAGCGGGAUUAGAGCAUUGAGUUAGAGGAUCAACCACCAUCAUAUUGAGUUUUGGAGCAGGCUUGAAGGGCCAAAUGGUCUACUCCUGCUCCUAGUUUCUAUGUAUGUUUCAAUAACUAAACUCAUCUCUACGCCAGUUGUCCUAAGAUUUCCCCUUGUGUUCUGUUUGUCGGGGCCAGUACAACAUCAAGGGCUGAAGGGCCUAUUCUGUGCUGUACUGUUCUACGUUCUCAGUUUGGACUUGGGGGAAGUCCCAUAGGUUGUUUUUCUCUUUGGAAGCUCAUGUAUUGAGGAUGGGGAGGGGGUUAGUUAAUGUUAAAUGUCAAACAAACACCGUAUUGGUUUAAACUCUGAACCUUUGUCUCUGGGGUCUGGUUUGACAAUUCGGGGACAGCUCAAUCAGAGGAAAACCUCAACGAUAGUGCAGCAUGAGUUGAGUUUGUUGUGGAGUUGGGCCAGGGCAGAAUUGAAUUCCUCGCUGUCAGGGAGCCACAACACAAAACUAGGAAGGUCACAGUGGUGUAGCAGAAUGUGAAUGGGGCUAAGGCUCAAGAUGGGAAGCUGUGGAAAGGAAGCUAACCUGUUCCACCACAAGAGGUAGAUUAUGACCAAUCUGAAAUCAACUCCGUUAUCCCUUCAUACUCUGACCCAGCAAAAACCUUUCAGUCUUUAAUCUCCAAUUGGUCCACAGCACCAAAGCUCUGGGAACAGAGACAGAGUUCCAGGUUUCCACUGGACUUGGUGCAAGUACUUCCUGCCAUCACUGUUCAUUGAGUCCUGCUCCUAAUUCAUGUGUUCUUUCUCUUCUCUCUAUUUAAAGGACAGUGAUGGCCUGGUGCUCGACUGUUAAGCCAGGUAAUAUUCUGGGAU